AUGGGUGGGUUUCGUCAUGGUGAUUUAGUAGAAGUAAGCAGUACAGAAGAAGGAUUCUUGGGUUCGUAUUUCGAAGCAAGAAUAAUCAAGCAAACGGAAAAAGAUGAGUUCUUAGUUGAAUACACCAAAUUAUACGAAGAAGAUAAUGAGAAGUGCUUGCUCAGAGAAGGUGUGCCUCGCAGUGAAAUUAGACACAUGCCCCCUAAUUUUAAAGCAUCAUAUUUCAAUAUAAGUGAUCCAGUUGAUGUUUUCUGCAAGGAUGGGUGGUGGUAUGGGAUAAUUACAGGUCGAGUUCCUAUUAGAAGCAAGCUGACUGGUGAAGAUUGUUCUACAUAUUCUGUAUACUUUCCUUUGUCAGGGAAGAAAUCGAAUACUGCAAGUGGGAAUUAA